CUCUUAAAUUCGUAUGUAUUUCUUUCGUUCUCGUUCUCUCUCUCUCUCUCUCUCAAAUCAGUCUCUGUGUUUUCAAAAAACAACGAUUCAACUCGUCCGAUCCGUGACUCAGUGAACUCAGCUGAAUUCCCAAACGGUGUCGUUUUCGUUGUUUUCUCAGUAGUGGAACAGCUCUCUCCGGUGUUUUCUCUCUUCGACUUCGAUUCUCUCAGAGCCAGUGAAGUUCUCGUAAAUUUCGUCAUAAUGAAGCCCCUUUCUGCAACUUCGAAGCUCUGCUUUUCUCUCUGGAAGAUAUAGUUUUAGCUCAGUUCGUGAAUUAGGGAUUUUGUGGUCAAGUUGGGUUGGAAUAUAAGUGCAAAUUUAGGGUUUUUGGAGGACAAUUUGAAGAAUUUGUUCUGGUUUCUAUUCUAGGGUUUGCGUUUUAAGUUGAAUUUCGAGCUGAGCUGUUUUGGGUUGGGAUUCGAGUGGAAAUUAGGGUUUUGGUUUAUUAUUGAAUUCCAAGGGCUUUUAGGGCUUUCCUUGAACUCGAGCUUUUCUGGGUUGGAUACAAGUGGAAAUUUAGGGUUUUUUUCGAGGAAUUGUAGUUGUGUGUGAUUUAGGGGUUUGUGUGUGGUAAGUUAUGUAAAUUUGUUGAAUUCGAAGGAUUCUUCGUUGGUUUUUGGUGUUCUGUGUAGUGACAGCAUGGUGUAGGAGCUAAAAACUGUUUGAAGGGUCGUUGGUUGUUUUUGUUGUCAAAUUUGAAGUGGAAUUUGGGGAUUGUAUGAAAUCUAGGGUUUCAGUUGGGGUAGUGAGGGGGAGAUAGAUAGUUAGACAUAUAUAUAUAUAGGAAAUGUUUUAUUCUCAGUUUAUAUUGGCCAAGAAAGGCCCACUUGGGACGAUAUGGAUAGCGGCACAUUUGGAGCGGAAGCUGCGGAAGAAUCAGGUGGCCGAUACCGAUAUUGGCGUCUCAGUAGAUUCAAUUCUUUUUCCUGAAGUACCAAUUGCACUUCGGCUGUCCAGCCAUCUUCUGCUUGGUGUAGUGAGGAUAUACUCUAGAAAGGUGAAUUACCUUUUUGAUGAUUGCAGUGAGGCUUUGCUCAAGAUAAAGCAAGCUUUUCGCUCCACUGCUGUUGAUUUACCACCUGAAGAAUCUACUGCACCAUAUCACUCCAUCACCUUGCCAGAGACAUUUGAUCUUGAUGAUUUUGAGCUGCCAGAUAAUGAAAUAUUUCAGGGUAAUUAUGUUGAUCAUCAUGUUAGUACAAAGGAGCAGAUUACCCUCCAAGAUACAAUGGAGGGUGUGGUUUACUCAACAUCACAGUUUGGAUUAGAUGAGCGGUUUGGUGACGGUGACACAUCUCAGAUUGGUUUAGACCUUGAUGAGGAGCUGCUCUUGAACAAGGUUGUAGGUCCGGGGCAUGAUGGAAUUUCAGAUGCUGAUCCUCAGGUACCGGUCCAAUCAGAGACAACUCAGACAAAAUAUGAAAGUAACGAGGUGAUAACAGAAACUUCAGAAGUGAUGCACAUGAAUGGUGGUGGAAAUCAGGUUGAUGUUCUAGUGACAGAUCCUGAAAUUGUUGAGUAUGCUCAGGCUCCAUCUACACCUGGAUUAUUGGAAGAGCCAAACUUAUCCAGUGUUCAGGAGACUUUAGCCUGUGAUGACCAUAUGGAAUUAGAUCAUACUUUAACAGGAUUAAUUGCAGCAGAGAACGCUCUAACUGCUUCCGGAAAGUCAGAUUUUCUUGGGGAUAAAAAUACAGUGAAUUGGUCUUUGCGCAAUGAUUUGAAUGCUGAUACUGUCGAGAAUGGCUGUCUUCUGGGUGACCAAGACAUCAAACAGGUGAAGCCGCAGGAACAUCUGCCACCUACUGAAGCUAGUAUGGAGCACAUGUUAGCAGAUAAUCGCCUUUCAACUUCUUUACCCUCUUCGGAUCCCAUUGAGCAAACUGAAGCUAUUCAUCGAGAAUUAGAAUGUUCGGAUGGGACAGUUGGUGUGUUGGAUGGUCCAGACAAGGCAGAAGAUAUUCAUAAUGGAGUUGUAAUAGACAAUGAACCUAGUACAUCUUUUGUACAUCAAACUGACGUGGAAUGUGUAGAACCUGUGGGAGUUAGAUUGGAUGAAACAGUAGCAUCUCCUAGUUGCUCUCAUAUCACCUCUGAUUUUGAGGAUCCUAGUCGUAAAACUUUUUCAAGUGGCAUCUUUGCACUAGAAUCGGAGGCUUAUCUGGAGGAUGAUCAAGCAUCACCAAGGCCAGAAAUUCUCAAUGAUGUUGAAAUUGCUAAUGAUGUGGGAAGAUCAUGCUCAACAAGCAAAGCAUCAGCUUCAAAUGCUGUCUGUCCAUUGGAAUCACCUGGGAGACCUGAGGUUGUGAAUGCUGAAGCUCAGGCUUGUCAGGAACUGAAGGAGACACAGACUUUUGAUCCAGUUGCUAAUGAUGUUAUGCAAUCAAAUCAAUCGCAUGUGCUUCGGGCAUGCAAUGCCCAUCAAAGCCAACCUGACAUGUCAUCUCUUGGAGGUGAAGAGUGCCUUGCUACUGAUGUUACGGAUACAGUCUUAGAAAAAAAUUCAUUUUCAGAAUCUGCUCCAUGUGAAGAAAUUCAGUCGGAUUCCAGGAAGUUAGAUGAGCAAAUGAAAAACGCAGUCUCUAGUAAUAGUCAGUUGAAUAAUUUAAGUAGUCCCCAGACUUCUGACUUUCCUGCACCGGAAAAGAUGCUCUCUGUAGUGGAGGCACUCACUACAAAACAGAAUGAUUUGCUAGUGAAUUCUACACCAGACAAAGAAGCCCUGGCUGGGGAUGAUGGAGCUGCCACUGGGAUUGAACUGAUCUCGGGGAAAAAGCGUAGUUUCACAGAAAGCACUCUGACAGUGCAGAGUGUAAAUUCAGUUGAAUCUUUUGGCAUGACACAAUCCAAGAAAACUGCAGAAUCCAUUCCUGAUGACGAUGAUUUGUUGUCUUCCAUUUUAGUUGGAAGAAGAUCUUCAGUUUUGAAAAUGAAGCCCACUCCACCUGCCCCUGAAGUAGUACCCAUGAAACGCUUGCGUUCUGCGCCUCGAUCUAGUGCCUUGAAGAGGAAAGUUCUUAUGGAUGAUACAAUGGUCUUGCAUGGCGACACAAUUCGUCUACAGUUGACAAAUACUGAAGACAUACGUCGUGUAAGAAAGAAAGCUCCUUGCACUCGUCCUGAGAUCUCAACUAUUCUUAGACAAUUCUUGGAAGAUGAAAUAUUUAAUGAACCCAUUUGUACUGGUAUGUCGGCCAACUUAAUAUUCUUGCAUAGUGAGACAUUUGAUCUAAGUGGCAUUAGAAUUUCUGAAAAUGAUCAAGGCAAUAAUUCAGAAGUAGCAGAGGGUAUGGAAUCUUCUAUUAGGCCAAAUGUCGCUGAAGAAAGUGAAAUGGAUGGGAGCACUGAUCCUGUGGUAGUCAGAAGUGAUGUAGAAGCACAACCUGCUGACAAUUCCAUUCAGACUGAGAGGCAGCAGGUCGUAAGUUUUAACUUAGGGUUGCAAGAAAUGAAUUCUCAAGAGCAGCCAAAGGCUCUUUCUGACAUACAGGAGUUUGGAUUUUCUCAACAUGACCCCUUGGGAGAGUUCUAUGAAAUGGGAACUGAGAGAGGGAAUGUUGAAGUUGCUGAUGCAGUCAAUGGAUUUUUUGUUAAUGGGCUUGAAUCAUUAUCUGCAACUGAACCUGUUUCUGGAUAUAUUUGCAACGUGCCAGUGGACUUUGUGGUUCAGCCAUCUCUAAUGGAUAAAACUGAUGAUGCAUCUGCUUCUCUGCCGAUUGGCGCAUCAUGCAUGUCACCUGAUAAUAAAUUGGAUGCUCAGACUGUUGAGGGCGAUGCUUUUGUGGUGAAUAUGAGCAAUGGGAAUGCCGUUGAUGCCAUUGAAAUUGUAGAACAUGUGGUUGAAAUCAGUGCACACCUACAGUCAGGUUCUCUUGAACUUGCUGAGAAUAUAAAAGGUUCACUUGCAAGUGAAUGCCAUAAUCUAGCUUUUGAAAAUGGUAACCAGCCUUUGGAGGAAACAGGAAAUGAUAAGCCAGGGGUUUUGAAUGAGGAUGGAGUUGUGCCCGUAGACUUGGGUUGUGAUGACAAAGACCCUACCUCUAACUUUAUGUGUAUGGGAGAAAUGAAAAUAGAUUCUACACAUUCAGUAGAGCUUGAUUUGGAUGUGAAUAAUGCUUCCCUGAAUGUUAAAGAAAAUGCAGACUGUCAAGAAGCUGAUCCAAAUAGUAUCAUGGAUGGAGAAGUCCCUGCCCUCGACUGUUUUGGUGUUGAAGAUCGUAGUGGUUUUGAAGAUGUCACAGUUGGGAAUGACACAGAAUUCUUAAAUGUAGAUGAUGAAGAAAUAGCUGAAGAAGAAGAUGAUAAUAUGCCAUCAAGUACUGAAGACACUCGUCUUCUUGAGAACACUGGAUGGUCAUCUCGUACCAGGGCUGUUGCCAAGUAUCUCCAGACUUUAUUUGAUAAGGAAGCUGUACAUGGAAGAAAGACACUCCCCAUGGAUAAUCUACUAGCUGGUAAAACUCGUAAAGAAGCAUCGAGGAUGUUUUUUGAGACAUUGGUUCUUAAGACAAGGGAUUACAUACAUGUAGAACAGGCAAAGCCCUUUGACAGCAUAAAUAUAAAACCUCGAGUAAAGCUCAUGAAGUCAGAUUUCUGAUAUCUCACAUAGGAAAGCAGAUACAGUUGAAAAGGCCCAUAUAGUACUAGUUUCACUGAUGCUCGGCAGGGAUGGGAUUAUUUUUUCUUCAAUAGAUUUUUCCCUAAUUGUCUUUUCUUUUUGUUUAAAAUUUUUUGGGUUAGGAAUUUAUGUCUUUUAUUUAGUCCAUGUAACUGGUAGUUUAACAAUGGGGUCGAGUGUCACAUGUAUCAUGUUGAUUCUAGCAAUAGUGUUGUAAUGUGAAUUAUAUUUAUAUGUAUAUAUCUGUAAAGUAUUAUCAUUUGCAAUUGAAAUGCUAAUUUAUCUGUUUGCUGCAGAAAAAGAAUAUAUAAAAAGGAGAAAGUUGUAUUAUUGUGACA